AUGCGGGAUGGUAAAGAACCACAAGCCCACAGUGGCGAGCCUGCUGGAGAUGACUACAAAAAGAUGGGGACGCUGUUUGGUGGACUGAACAGAAGCCUUCUCAGCAUGGGCUUCACGAGAUUAUACUUCGGAGAACGCAUCGUGGAACCAGUAAUAGUCGUCUUCUUCUGGCUUAUGCUGUGGUUCCUGGGCCUGCAAGCGCUCGGACUAGUGGCAGUUCUUUGCCUCGUCAUUAUUUAUGUGCAACAGUAAAACAGGCUGAGGAGUGAACUGCUGAUAUUUCAAACCCAUUUUACGUAAUUGAUGGAUUUAUAGAUUUCCCUGUAUGAAAGUUGACAAUUUUAGCCUUGUUUGAAAUUGUGUGCUAUUUUGUGAUGGAUUUUGUCUAAAAUUAAACUUGACUCUUGAUUAUUAUUGGGUUGAAUAUACAAUUUGUAACUAA